CUUUGACCUGGACAGCGGCGGUUGGUGUCAGAGCUCCACCUCCGAGAUAGUCAAUGAUGUGUUGAGAGUUCAGAGACUCAUCAUCACUGAGUUAGACAUGGAGCUGGGUUCUCUGGUUGGGGCUGUUAGGAGUAAGCGAGUGCUGUUUGCUGAUGGAGUGCGUCCUGCUGUGGUUGUAAUAAAGGAUGGAAAAAUCCACCAGAUCCUCUCUGACGGCGCCCUGGAGGAGGUCGGCUGUGAGGUGUGGGACGUGGGCGACAGUGUGCUGAUGCCGGGCAUCGUGGACUGCCACGUUCACGUUAACGAACCGGGCCGCACCUCCUGGGAGGGCUUCUGGACCGCAACCAGGGCGGCUGCAGCGGGGGGAGUGACCACCAUUGUGGACAUGCCCCUAAACAGUAUUCCUCCAACCACAACGCUCAAAAACCUCCAGGAGAAGCUGAAGGAAGCGACAGGGAAGUGUUUUGUGGACACUGCCUUCUGGGGUGGUGUGAUCCCUGGAAAUCAACUUGAACUUCGGCCCAUGAUCCAAGCGGGAGUGGUUGGCUUCAAGUGCUUCCUCAUCCACAGCGGAGUUGACGAGUUCCCUCAUGUGGCUGACAGCGAUCUGCACACGGCGAUGAAGCAGCUGCAGGGCACCGGGGGCGUCCUGCUGUUUCAUGCAGAGAAGGACGUUCAUGAGAAACCUGAGGAGACCGCAGAUUCCUGCAGGUACUCCACCUUUUUGCAGUCCAGGCCUGACAUCAUGGAGGUGGAGGCUAUCCGUAUGGUGACACACCUGUGUCUGCAGUACAGAGUUCGAUGCCACAUCGUCCACUUGUCCUCCGCAGAGCCGCUGAAGCUCAUCGAGGAGGCUCGACAGGCUGGAGCUCCUCUGACCGUAGAGACCACUCAUCAUUACCUCAACCUGUGUGCAGAGAGCAUACCUGCAGGGGCCACACAGUUCAAGUGCUGCCCCCCAAUUAGAAGCUCUGCUAACCAGGAGCAGCUAUGGUCCGCAUUGAAGCGAGGGCUGAUUGACAUGGUGGUUUCUGAUCACUCCCCCUGCACACCCGAUCUAAAGAAGCUGGACUGUGGGGACUUCAUGCAGGCCUGGGGAGGGAUCUCAUCUUUACAGUUCGGCCUGCCUCUGUUUUGGGGUUCAGCCAGUAAGCGAGGUUUCCAGCUGCCAGACGUCGUGAGGUUCCUCAGCAGAGAACCCGCCCAGCUGUCCAGUCUGGGUAACAGGAAGGGACGCCUGGCCUGUGGGUUUGAUGCUGAUCUGGUCAUAUGGGACCCUGAGAGAGAAUUUGAGAUCAAAGAAACCAACAUCCACCACAGAAACAAGCUGACUCCGUACCUCGGGCUCACACUGAGGGGGCUGGUGCGGGCCACAGUCCUGGGGGGGCGGCUGGUGUACAAAGACGGAUGCUUCCACCCUCAACCUCUGGGCAGACUCCUUCUCAUCACUGAGGAAGACAGGAAGCACAAGAAGACGCUGUGACCAGAAACGUCACUGUUUGGUUUCACAUUUGCUGAUAAAGUCUUCAUUAAAAAC